AUGUAUCAAGUACAGUCACCAUGUCGUGUGGAAGACGGCAAAUACAUCGCACAAAGCAAAGUUGCUGCAUUUUGGGAUGAGGCAUGGUGGAGAUUGUCAUGGACAGGUCGAACUAAAGACUACGUGCUCCGAGGUAUUACAGACCGGAGCCCAAAGAACCUUCUUACCGAUAGAGAAGUGAGGAGACACCAGAAAGUAGUUCACAACGAAACAGGCGAUAUCGUGGGCUAUGCACGCUGGAUUAUGCCAGAGUCGCACAAAGACUCUUGGCUGAUCGCUCAGACGCCUGAUGUGAGCGACGAGGAGAGAGAGGUGUUCACGAAGCGUCAUUCAGAGGCCGAAUUUGAUCCGCGCUCGGAGCACGAUGAACUGGAUGACCAUAUGGACGGUUGGAGAGAGAAGUAUAAACAUGCCAACUGCAUGGAACUACACUACAUCGGCGUUCGACCGGAUCACCAACAUCAAGGACUUGCAAGUAUGCUCGUCAAAUCUGGCCUCAAUGCAGCAGACCAGCUUGGCAUUGAUGUACUAGUGGUGGCUACUGGCCGACGUGGUCAGAAGCUUUAUUCAAAGCACGGAUUUGAGAUUUUGGAGGAGAAGAGUCAAAGCAUGAGCAAAUUUGGCGUGGAUGAGCUUUAUGAAACCUUUGUCAUGAUUCGUCGAGCUAAAGAAUGA